AAACAUUGACAGCUUUUGUUCUUCCACUAUCUCAUCCCCAAACAAAUCCAAAUGCGAAACUGCCCGCAUCCCAAUAACGUAAAUUAGUUGUUUUGUUUGUAGCGAAUUCUACUCUUAUGGGUAGAAGAGUACAGAAUUUCUGGAUAGAGAAAUAAAGCGACGAAGAAGCACUGUCUACAGAGGGACAACAGGAAAUUGGAAGAUAUUAGAAUACCAGAACAAAGAUGGAUUUCUCAGGAUAGGCCAUAGAGAGGAAAGAUUUCGGGGGGAAACCGAGAGUUUUGAGGCAAAAGCGGAAUGGGUUUACUUCAAUUUUUCAUCUCUCUGAUUCUUUUGCUCACAUUUUCUACUCCACGACUUGUUCUUGGAAAUGCAGAGCUGAGAGCUCUUCUUGAGUUGAAGUAUUCGCUGGACCCGGAGAAUAAGCUGUUGAAGUCAUGGACCAGUGAGGGUGACCCAUGUAGCGGUUCAUUUGAAGGCGUGGCGUGCAACGAGCAUCGCAAAGUGGCUAACAUUUCCUUGCAGGGAAAGGGUCUCUCAGGCAAGGUCUCUGGAGCCGUGGCCGGGCUGAAAUGCCUGUCGGGGUUGUACUUGCACUACAACAAAUUGUCCGGAGAGAUACCCACGGAGAUCUCCAAUCUGACUGAGCUGACUGAGCUCUAUCUCGACGAGAAUAAUCUAUCUGGUGGUAUACCACCUGAGUUAGGGAACAUGGAUAAUCUUCAAGUUUUGCAGCUAUGUUGUAACCAGCUGACUGGAACCAUUCCUUCUCAGAUGGGUUCCUUGAAGAGGCUAAGUGUUCUUGCCCUGCAAUACAACAGACUAAAGGGUGAAAUCCCGGCAGCCUUAGGGAACUUGAGGAUGCUAAGAAGGCUUGAUUUGAGCUUUAAUGGCUUCUCUGGUAGAAUUCCAGCAAGACUGGCUGAUAUUCCACAGUUGGAAGUUCUUGAUGUGCGAAACAAUUCUCUCUCUGGAUUUCUCCCUACCGCUUUCAGAAGUUUAAAUGAAGGAUUCCAGUAUGGGAACAAUCCAAGUUUAUGUGGAGCUGGGUUUCCUGCAGUGAGAGUCUGCUCAGAAUUUGAUAAUGAUAAAGUGAAUGUUGAUCAACUUGAACCUCCUGGAUCAAUCACAAAUAAUACUGUUCCACUAGCCAAUCCACAGUCCGCAAAUUUCCAUGCUCACUGCAACCAAACUCAUUGCUCAGAGGCAACAAGACUACCACAGGCUGCAAUUAUUACAGGGGUUAUUGCAGUCACCGUCUCUUUGACAGGGGCUGUAUUUCUCACCGUUAUUUGGUACCGCCGGCGGAAACAAAAGAUUGGAACUACAUCUGAUUCUCCUGAUGAUCGACUUAGCACUGAGCAGCCCAAGGAAUUCUAUAGAAAAAAUGCCUCUCCACUUGUAAGUCUUGAGUACUCCAACGGAUGGGGCCCUUUGGCUGAUGGUCGAAAUGGAACUGGAACUCCUCCAGAUUGUCCAAGCUACUUUACGUUCAACAUAGAAGAGGUUGAGUCUGCAACCCAGUAUUUUUCUGAGGCAAAUUUAUUGGGAAAGAGCAACUUCUCGGCUGUGUACAAAGGAGUUCUAAGAGAUGGUUCUCUUGUAGCUAUUAGAGUCAUUAAUGUGACCAGCUGUAAGUCUGAUGAAGCUGAAUUCAUGAAGGGUUUGAAGUUGUUGGCCUCACUGAGACAUGAAAACCUUGCUAGGUUGAGAGGUUUCUGUUGCUCAAGGAGCAGGGGUGAAUGUUUUCUCAUAUAUGAUUUUGCUCCAAAUGGAAACCUGUACCGAUAUCUUGAUUUAGAUGGUGGAAGCAGCAUAGAGCUCGACUGGUCCAAGAGGUUUUCUGUCAUUAGUGGAAUUGCAAAAGGUAUUGGAUAUUUACACAGCAGCAGUGAAAACAAGUCAGUCGUAAUUCACCAAAACAUUUCGGUUGAGAAGAUUCUCAUUGACCAGCAGUUCAAUCCAUUGAUUUCGGAUUCCGGCCUUCCUAAACUUCUCGCUGAUGAUGUUGUCUUCUCAACUCUUAAGAUGAGUGCUGCAAUGGGAUACAUGGCUCCUGAGUACAUUACGACUGGCCGUUUUACUGAGAAGAGUGACAUAUAUGCAUUUGGAGUAAUCAUCCUCCAAGUUCUAUCCGGGAAGCGGAAACUCACCAACUCAAUGCAAUUGGCAGCUGAAUCUUGUAGAUAUCAAGAUUUCAUUGACACAAGUCUGAAAGGCAAAUACCCUGAAUCCGAGGCAGCUAAACUGGCAGAAAUUGCACUGAUGUGCACCCACGAGCUUCCCAACCACAGGCCAAACAUAGAGGCUGUAAUUCAGGACCUAAGCCAGCUAGUCACAGUUCUUGAUAGAACUACUUUCAUGUCUAUUUCUUGAGUGUUUCUGAUGAUAAUGAUCUAAUGCUAAAGCCUCACUAGUCUGCAAACUGUUGUUGAAGAUAUCGAUCUGCAAUGUCCCUUUUGAGGAGGUCUCUGCAAAUUGGUUGGGGGAGGGAUGGAUAUUUUUGGAAAUGGGUCCCCUCUGAUUACUUUUAAUAACAUAUUUCUAGCUUUGUGAAAAGCAAUAUCUGUGACAAUCAGUCAGAAACACAUUGAUUAUUUGUUCCAUUUCUGAAUAUAGAGUAUCAUACAUUCAAGAGAUGCAUUUGCAA